AAAUUCCGAUUCAAAUGUUACAUUUUACAAAACUGUAAAAUUUGUUUAUACUUAAAAGAGUGUUCAACUUGGUUUACCAUUUUAAGUAUUCCAAUAUGUUUUCUUGAAAUAUAUGGUGAUUUGGUUUGUUGUGUUUUACAAUUGGGCAUUUGCUCGUGUGCCGAAACGGAGGGCCAAGCAGUUAAUGUGAUCAAGUUCGAUGUGAGAGGAUUGAAUCUGUUUAAUGGACGGCUGACGAUUGAGGCCUCCUUCAAGCAAGCAUCCAAAUCAAGAGUUGACAUCAAAUAUGACAACUCCACAAUCACUCCGGUUCAGUUGAUGAACGUGUUUCGGAAAAAUUACCAUCUUCUGCUUGGAAUCUUCAAUCCAGAGGGUUGGCUUGAGAUAACAUAUCUUGAUGAAACCAUGAGGAUCGGAAGGGAUGAUAAAGGCAACAUCUUCAUAUUAGAGAGAUCAAACGAAAAUUCGCUUCAAGCGUCAAGCUAGACUCAGUUCGUCGUUAUAUCCUUACCGGUUGAAAGAUUAUUUUUGAAGAGUACAUUUCGUUGCUGCAUUGUAGCACUUUUGAACAUUUUUGUAAUUGUAACUCAUAAAGCUGCAUAUCUGCGGUCAUCUUUUUUCCAGAGAAAUAA